UUUACAACGUGAUAUAUUAUAGCGUGUCGGCAAAAAAGUAUCUGACGAAACGUCGAAAUAAUUCUCUGAGUUCUUGUCUGUAUUCUUGCAACACGAUGCGACUUCUUUUUGUUGUCACAGUGUUGCUGUUGACAGGUCUUUUGGGAGUUGGCAGUAAGAAGGCACAUAGUGAUGGAGACUUUGAAGACAAUGAAUUCGCAGAGUUUGAAGACUUUGAUGAUGAAGAAGAGGAAGGUACAGUAGUUGAAGAAGAUGCAGAGUUUCCCAGUGAAAGUGAGUCACAAGGCCAGGCAGCAUCAGCAGGGAAAAAUGAUGAUGAUGAUGAUGAUGAAGAGGAAGAAGAUGAAGGAGUAGUAGAGACAGAGGAUGAUGAGUUUGACCACAUGAUGGAUGAGGAAGAGUUUAUAGGUUUUGACCGGGACACUCGGGCAGGUAAAGGCAAGCCACAUGAUGUGCCUGAUCUCAAAAUUGCCAAAGUGCCUAUUCAUCUCAGAACCAACUGGGAUAGUUUCUACCUUGAGAUGCUCAUGCUGGCUGGGUUGGGUGUGUAUUUCUUGAACUUCCUCGCUGGAAAGACGAAGAACAGCAAGUUGGCUCAGGCAUGGUUUACAUCACACAAAACUCUUCUGGAUGAGAAUUUUUCACUUGUGGGUGAUGAUGGCACCUCUAAGGAAGUUGCAGGUGGAACGUUAAUGAAGGAAUCAGAGAACAUCUAUACCCUGUGGUGUAGUGGACGUACUUGUGUGGAGGGGAUGCUGGUUGAACUGAAGCUUAUCAAGAGGCAGGACCUCAUCAAUGUCAUGGCCACGCUGCUCAAACCCCUGGCUGACCAGAUUGUUGUGAAGGUGACAAUGGAUCCGGCAAUGGAGAAGUUCUGUUUCUGUGUGGCCAACAAGAAAUCAAUCGCAAAACUUCACAAGGAGCAGACAGAUUUGAGCCAGUUUGCGGAGAAGAAAGGUGUCGAGAAAUAUAACAUCCCAUCAUCUUUCCAAAUGUUGUCAGAGAUCCCUGAGGCCUCCAGCUUUAUACUUGACAAACGGGUAUGUUCAGCCUUAGAACAGUAUGAGAGUCAGAUCGAGUACAUCCACAUCUCGGACCAGUACUCCGGACCUAAGAACCAGUAUGAUGAUGCCCAGACAAAGAUGCCGGAAGUCACCCCAUCACUUGUCUUCUGCUUCAACGUGCCUGGCAAGGGUAAGACGCGUGUGUCAGACAUCGAGGGUACAGUUGUACUGAUGAAGCUUGUUUUCUACUGCGUGGACAAAGUCAGCAGGAUGUCCCUCUCCAAGGAGGCACGUACCAAGGCUGAACGUAACCGCCAGAAGGCUGAAGAAGCGUUCCUGAAGCUGGCGCAUUCCCAGCGGCAGGAGGCGGCCCAACAACGGCGCGAGGAAAAACGGAGACAGGAGAAGGAACGCAUCAUGAACGAGGAGGAUCCUGACAGGGCACGCAAGCUAGAGGAAAAGGAGAGCAAAAGGGACAUGAAGAGGAAACAAGCCAGGACAAAGAUGAUGAAGGUCAAGGGCAUGUAGAAAGGUCAUUUAAAGGUCAACAAUGUGGAGAGGUCAAGAGUUCAACUUUGGGGUCAAAAGGUCACCAAUGUGUAGAAUUCAAAAGGUCGAGAUCAUUCAACUUUGAAAAGAUCAAGGUCAUUAUAAAGAUAAAAAAAAUGACAAUAAGUUGAAGAAUAUGUAUUCACAAUGAUGAUUAGCAUGAAUUUUGCAUAGGUUGCAUAAUGUGCAUUGAACUUGAUGUUUUUAUACUUUUGUGAAAGAAAACGUUAAAUUUUCCCAAGCUAUGAUGUCUUGCAGAUGUAUAUACAUUAUGUAGAAAAAUGUUUUUAAUUUUAUUCAAUUGAGAUUUCUAGUAUAAUUUUCUUAAACUUCUAAACACAAGGAGUCCUGUCUUUGAUCUAAACAUUCAUAUACAUAGCUUUCAGCCUUUGUACAUAUCUAUGUACAUAUAUGAGUGAAUUAAGAGAUGAUAUUUUGUUGAAAUUUAAAGUAAAUCCAUAAUUUCUUGUAAAUGCUUGGUUAAUGCUCAAAUUAUUAAUCAAGGCUGUAGAUUUAAGAAAUUCUCACAGCAUUGUGGUUUGAUUAUUUUAAAUAUUGUGUCUAGUCUCCUCAUGUUAUAAGUCUGUUAGAACACCGAUCAUACUGUUAAUACACCAAUCAUACUGUUAGAACACUGAUCAUACUGUUUACUGAACACUGAAAACACUUCAUUAGGGUAAAUAUUCUGCAUGUAUUUCAUGUUGAAAAUUACAGGCUUAAUUUAAUAUUUUAUAUAGCUAGUUUUUAAUUUUUUGUUCAUGUGUGAAAAGAAUACAUCGUACAUGUAUAUGCAAUAAUAGUAAUCUGUUUCAUCAAAGAUUGUAGGCAUAAGUAUCAUAUGUCAUUACUUUGCGAUUUAUUUGUGUGUUAUGAGUUUAGGGUUGAAAAUAAUGUCGGUAAAUUGAAAAUAAAUCAUUUGUUGCCUUUUGAUAUACUUCCACAGAUUUAAUAAUUUUGGAAUAAUGCCUUAUUAAAACAGGCACCUGAUGUUGUUUUUUUAAUGUAAAGACUACUACUGCUAUAAUGACAAAUAAAAAAACUUUGAAUGUUUCACAAGUUUGAACAUUUAUUAUAUGCUUUCCAGUGGUUUAUAGAGAUUAUCAGUGAAAUAGCAUUUAUAUUUCACUGUUUGAAACAGUGAAAAUAUCACAUUGAUAUAUUUCAAUGUUUUGAAAUCUUAGCCUGCCAAGUCAAACGUCAGCCUUGCACAGGGCUGGUAAACAAUUACUUAAUGCCGUUACGUGCUCAUGAGGGCUAAAAAAGUGUAAUUAAAUUUCAUUCUAAUUUCUGGCAUAUAAUAAAAAGAAAAAAAUGUUUGUUCAGUGUAAGAUAGCAAUAUAUUUCACCUCUAAGCCACUCAUGGAAGUAUAUCUUUUGGUGCUCACUCAGUGAAAUAUAUUACGAUCUUACACUGAAACAAACAGUUAUCCUCUAUUUCAUAAUGCAUUUUACAAUAGUUAGAAUAUUUCACUAUUAGAAUUAGGCACAUAAUUGGAAUAUUUCGUAAUUCAUUUUACAAAAAUAGAAAAAAAUUGCUGUUCAUAUUACAAAAUAGGAUUUUAUCACAAUAGUCUAUUAAUGUAUCAAAAAUUAUUAUAUAAAUAUUUCACAACUUAUGUUUGCAAGAAAAAUGUUAAAGGAAAAGCAAACCUUAUGUUCAGUUCGGUUUAUAUACAUUCAGAUUCUUGUAAUAUUUGUAUCAUUGUAUUCGGUUUUCUUUGUAAAUAUUUGCAUUAUAAUUUAACCAGAUUGUUCUAGUUUAUACCUUUUAAUUGCACAUUUUAUGUUAUCUUCGAUAUACAUUAUAAAUAUAUUUAUACAUUAUGCAUUACAUUGUCUUUGAAAGUACUUAAUGGUUCACAUGCAUUUAUUAAAGGGACAAGACACCAGAUGACACCAUUGCAAGAAAAUGUUACUUACUGAUGUAUCACAUCGCUUACGACACGUGUAUUUUGCUGUUUUCGCAUAUUUUUCCAAUCCACUAUUUACUGGGUGUGUCUAACACAUAAAUCCUGGUAAAUUUAAAAGUAAAAUCUGUACUAAUCACUUAACUAUCACAUUCUAAAUAUAUAAGGGGAAACCAUUAUGCCCUAUUUUAAAACAGGUAAUCCAAGCUGAAACAGUAAUAAAAUAUCAUUUUAAUUAUGUAUAAUGAUGUAUUAUCGGCCUCAUACUAGUUGGAAUUAAUAAUUCUAGGCAAGUUUUAAGGAAAUACUUUAUUUGUCGAUUUUGGGCCCAUCUGGUGUUAAGUCCCUUUAAGAUCCUGGAUCAGUUUCAUUAAAAAGAGUGCCUCUGUCACUAGGAGAGAUAAUGCACUGUUAAAUAUCUCUUCUAAGUUUGAAGUUGGUCCUAAGGUACUAGAUGAAACAGCCACCUGUCAGACCAUGAAUCCAAAUUUGUCAAAAACAUUAUAUAUUUCUUUCUGCUAGGCAGAAACAUUUUAUUGCCUGAGUGAAAGAAGUUAUCAAGAAAAGGCACAUACACUACUUUCUUGUUUCAUGUCUAAAAAUGCCUACAAUCUUAAGAAAUGUUAACAUCGCUGGUAACUCUUAUUAAAAGUAUUAUAUUUCGAAAGGUUGAUAUUUCGUAGAAUAAAUCUGUGUAAUUCAAACUGACUGGUUAGGUUCAUACAUUUACGAUUUUGUACUUUUUUUAAUAAUUUCACACCACAUCAGUUUAAAUAGCAAUUUAUUAAAGGCUUUUUCAUCACAAAAGCACAAGUCCAAACCUUUCAGUCUCUUGGAAUUGUUUUUUGAUACCCAAGCAUUUUUGUAUCGAUAUGGUACUUGUAAAUGUAUAAAAUGAUUUUAUAGCCAACAUUUGUAUAUGCCAUGUAACAAGUUUUUUCAUAAAAACGAUUUUAUUCAUCAUUUAUCCUUUCGAUACCAUUUUUGAGUAUGUCUGCGUUGAAUAAAUACAUAAGAGUUUGUGUUAUAAUUUAUGCUUAUGAAUGGGUUUUUUUGUGGACAUAAAUGUAAAUUUUCCAAAUAUCAUUCCUUAUAAAUACUUUUUAAAUAUGCAUUUAUGCAAAACAAAUUAUUUAUCAAUUUAUUAUAGUGAAAAUCAAGUUUUGAACUAUUAUUGAUUGUCAUCGAAAAUGUUUGUGUGGUUUUCUUUAGUUUCUUUUUGAAUGGGAUAACUAAGUUACAUGUGUGUAUGUCGUAGUUUUAAGUGGAAUUUUGUACCUAUUCUCCUUGUUUUAUCAUUAUAUAUUAAAAUUAAAAUUGAA